AAAGGAACCCAAACUGCCAAUAAAAGAGCUGUAAACCAGGAAACACCACAUUCCAGCGCUGUAGAGAUAAAACAGGCUGCUGGCUGUGCAGCCCAGAUAAAACGACACAGGCCUUUCCUAAACAACACGGGCUGAAGACAUGUCUGCUGGCAGCAGUCGUCCAUCUGAGGAUCAGUUUCUGUGCUCCAUCUGUCUGGAUGUGUUCACUAAUCCUGUCACCACAUCAUGUGGACACAACUUCUGCAAAAACUGCAUCAAUCAGCACUGGGAUGUUAAUCCACGCCGGUGUCCGAUGUGUGAGACGAGUUUUAAUGCCAAACCUCAGCUGCAAGUCAACACUUUGCUGUCUGAGAUGGUUGCUCAGUUCAGACGUGAAGCUCAGCAGGAAGCCAGCAGCAGCAGCUCAGAGCAACAAGCCGCCAAACCAGGAGAAGUUCCCUGUGACGUCUGCACUGGAACCAAACUGAAGGCCCUGAAGUCCUGCCUGGUGUGUCUGACCUCCUACUGUCAGACUCACCUGGAGCCUCAUCUGACAGCUUCACGUCUGAAAAGACAUCAGCUGAUGGAGCCUGUGGAGAACCUGGAGGAAAUGCUGUGUGCAAAGCACGAUAAACCUCUGGAGCUGUUCUGUAGGACCGACCAGACAUGUGUCUGCUCGCUCUGCUCUGUUUUAGACCACAAGACUCAUGAGUUUGUUCCUCUGAGAGAAGAAUAUGAAGGAAAGAAGGCAGAGCUGGGGAAGACAGAGGCUGGAAUCCAGCAAAUGAUCCAGAAGAGACGACUGAAGAUUGAAGAGCUGAAAGAGUCGGUGAAGAUCAGUAAAGAUGCUGCAGACAGAGAGACAGCAGAAGGUGUUCAGGUCUUCACUUCUCUGGUUAAGUCCGUUCAGAGAGGCCUGGACCAGCUCGUAGAGGAGAUCCAAGCCAAACAGAAAGCCACAGAAAAACAGGGUGAAGCCUUCAUCACAAACCUGGAACAGGAAAUCUCUGAGCUGAUAAAGAGGAGCUCGGAGAUGAAGCAGCUAUCAAGCCCAGUAGCCCACCUCCACUUCCUCCAAAGCUUCUCGUCCCUGAAAGCUGCUCCAGCCUCCAAGGACUGGACAGAGGUCCAAGUCUGUCCACCGUCCUUUGAGGGGAUGGCGGUGAAAGCUGUGGCUCAGCUGGAGGAGAAGCUCUGGAACGAGAUGAAGAAGCUGUUUGAAUCCAACAGGAUUCAGAAGUACGCAGUGGAUGUGACUCUGGAUCCUGACACAGCACACCCCCACAUCAUCCUGUCUGACGAUGGAAAACAAGCCAAACACCAAAGUGUGAAGAGGAAGCUUCCAGAUAAUCCAGAGAGAUUUUCUGAGUGUCCCAGUGUGUUGGGGAAGCAGAGUUUCUCUUCAGGCAGGUUUUACUUUGAGGUUCAGGUUCAAGGAAAAACCGACUGGACUUUAGGAGUGGUCAAAGAUUCCAUCAACAGGAAGGGGAAGAUCACACUGAGUCCUCGGUUUGGUUUCUGGACUUUAUGUCUGACAAACAAAACUGAAUACAAAGCUAAUGCUGGUCCUCCUGUCAGUCUCCGUCUUCAGUCCCUUCCUGAGAAGGUGGGGGUGUUUGUGGACUACAAGCAGGGUCUGGUCUCCUUUUAUAAUGCGGAAACUCUGAUCUACUCCUUUACUGGCUGCCACUUCACUGAUAAACUCCGGCCAUACUUCAGUCCCCAUCCCAAUAACUCUGGUAUAAACUCAGCUCCUCUGAUCAUCUCUCCUGUUCAUUUAUGUUUGAUGAACCGGCUCAGCGCGGACUGAACCGGCUCAGCGUGGACUGAACCGGUUCAGUGUGUGUUUUUAAAUCUAGGGACAUUAGGAUAUGUUUUCAAUGUUGUUUGCAAUUUACACGUCUUCUCCAUGUUCAUGAAACCUUCCUGUGACCUAACCUGCAGUUUGCAUCCAGACAUUGUAAAGUCACAUUUAAGGUUAAUUGUCUUUAUCAGAGGGUGGAAGUGGAGACAUGCGGACCCUCUUAAUUUAAGUCAAAGAAUUUAAUGCUGCAUUACGUAACUUUCCAACCAUGAAACUUGUUUGAUGGCACGGUGACGGCUACUACCUGCAGCGUCCUGAGGCUGAGAAACCGAACUACACAGCUGAUUCUUCCAGGACGCUGCAGCUGCAGGAAGUUUGGCUUUACACACACACACACACACACACGCUGGCCAGGGUUAAAAACACACCGGCAGUUCUGAACACACACUGUGGCCGAUUCAGCAAAGAAACACAAGAAGACGUUAUCAGAGGAAGAGAAAGAGAGAGAACAAGAGAUGAAUAGACUUUACUGUUUGGAGACAUCUCCCAGCACAGGCAGGAUGAAGAUGAUGAAGAUGAUGCUGGAUCAGCAGUCGUUCCGGGAAUCACUGAGAAAACCUGAUAAUGUUCUUUAAAAGUAAAACAUUUUCAUGUUGAAACUUAAAGCAGAGAUAACGCCGCAAGUUAAAAAUGAAUGUCCCUUUAAAAAGGCUGAAGGGGUAUAAUCUUUAAAUAUAACCCUUCAGAAGCCAGUGGAGGAAGUUUGUCUUAUUAAGUUUGUCUAACACGUCCAUGUCCGUUAAGGUUUGAAGAAGAUCCAGGUGUUGAAGAUUUAUGUCCAUCAUUUCCACUGGACUGAAGCUUUGCAGCCACCAAACAGAAUGUAAAAACAACCAGUGAAGCAUCUGAAAGUGCAGGACUGCAAACUCUUCCCAGGGUUUGGUGCAACAUGCAGAACAUGCUGUUAGCUUGUGUGUGUUUGUAGGUGCAGAACCACUUCAGAGCUUCUGUAGGACAUGUUAAAUGUAUGUUUGGGCUGGGUUCUCGUCAUAGUUUCAAAGUGUUGUGGUUGAUCAUUUUCUAAUCAUAAAGCUUUCUGUUCUGUUUACAUGA